AUGUCUUACUUCCUACCCCACCUCCCCUCUGGCUGGCAUGUUGACGAAGCAAUCAAAUCCGAGGAGGACCGUGUCGUCGUCAUCCGCUUCGGCCAUGACUGGGACAACCAAUGCAUGACAAUGGACGAGACCCUGUAUGCAGUCGCAGACAAGGUCCAGAACUUCGCCGUUAUCUACCUUUGCGACAUCACGGAGGUCCCUGACUUUAACAAGAUGUAUGAACUGUAUGACCCGUGCACUGUCAUGUUCUUCUACCGGAACAAGCACAUCAUGAUCGAUCUCGGUACUGGUAACAACAACAAAAUUAACUGGGCUAUGGAUAACAAACAGGAACUCAUUGACAUCAUUGAGACCGUCUACCGCGGUGCGUCGAAGGGACGUGGUCUUGUUGUCUCUCCGAAAGACUAUUCCACUCGCUACCGGUACUGA